GAAGAAGAAGAAGAAGAAGAAGAAGAAGAAGAAGAAGAAGAAGAAGAAGAAGAAGAAGAAGAAGAAGAAGAAGAAGAAGAAGAAGAAGAAGAAGAAGAAGAAGAAGAAGAAGAAGAAGAAGAAGAAGAAGAAGAAGAAGAAGAAGAAGAAGAAGAAGAAGAAGAAGAAGAAGAAGAAGAAGAAGAAGAAGAAGAAGAAGAAGAAGAAGAAGAAGAAGAAGAAGAAGAAGAAGAAGAAGAAGAAGAAGAAGAAGAAGAAGAAGAAGAAGAAGAAGAAGAAGAAGAAGAAGAAGAAGAAGAAGAAGAAGAAGAAGAAGAAGAAGAAGAAGAAGAAGAAGAAGAAGAAGAAGAAGAAGAAGAAGAAGAAGAAGAAGAAGAAGAAGAAGAAGAAGAAGAAGAAGAAGAAGAAGAAGAAGAAGAAGAAGAAGAAGAAGAAGAAGAAGAAGAAGAAGAAGAAGAAGAAGAAGAAGAAGAAGAAGAAGAAGAAGAAGAAGAAGAAGAAGAAGAAGAAGAAGAAGAAGAAGAAGAAGAAGAAGAAGAAGAAGAAGAAGAAGAAGAAGAAGAAGAAGAAGAAGAAGAAGAAGAAGAAGAAGAAGAAGAAGAAGAAGAAGAAGAAGAAGAAGAAGAAGAAGAAGAA